AUGUUGGUGAUGCCGUGGAGCCAACGGCGCAGAUGUGCGGACACUUUUUACGCUGCGGCGUGGUUGGCAACACAACGGUGGCAGACGCGGCGUGUGCUGCUAAAGAUGGCGGCCAAUGCACACGCCCGCCAGACAAUGACGAGAAACGCAGCAGGUUUGCUUUCGCCGAAUAGGUAUUGUACCCCAGGAACGACUCUCCCUCUAUCCGUGGAGGAGAAAGAAGAUACAAUCACCGCCCUCCUCCACGAUCGCUGGCACGAGAGUUGGCAGGAGGCGUUGCGAGUAGCUCUCGUGAGUGGAAGGCCGCGCAUUAUUCACGCCGUGGCCCGGGAGUCGCCUAGCACCCAUCACAUGUAUGAGGCUGUUAUGCGGCAGGUCACGCGCGAGCUUCGACGCCUUUUGUUGGAGGAGAGAUGUGCGAUUGCGGGGCACUUGGACCUGAAGACUGCGUUAUCUGCUAAAGGCAACUCCGUGGGUGCCGGCGAUGACCGUGCCGCUUGUGUGCUACAACAACUGUUGGGCGACGAGGAGGAAAAUUAA